AUGAACCAGCCACCUCCAAAUCAAAACCAACCUUCAGACCAACCUGCAGACCAACCCGCCCCACCCCCAAAACAAACCCUAACCUCCCUCUCCGCCCCCUACCAACCCGGCGCCAACUGGGCCGACGUCCACGAGGAUGCUCUUGAUCUUCCUACGCCCCGGGGUGGGAGGGCGGAUGGAAGUGGGAAGGGUCCACGGUCACUGGUAGCUAUGUGUCUGCGCGUGCUGGCGGAGAAUGUGUUGGGUGCGACGGCUGAGGCGUUGGAGGUGGUGCCGGAGGGGUUGUUGGGGCGGUUGUGGCGGGAGGCGUAUUUGAGAAACAUGCCGUUCAACACAUGGAAGUUACUCACAACCACCUUGCUACCCGCGCUCGACCCCGGGCCGGACGGGGAUGUAGACCCCCAACGGUCCAGCGUCACACUGAUCAUGGCCAUGGUCCGUUACUGUCAGGAGAUUGUCAACCCGCCAUGUGAGCUGGACGUGUACUUGGAGCCUCUGAGGGAUCUCGGUAGCGGUCUGGUCUACCUCUGCAUCGAUAAUGUUUCCCGCUUCCGGCCGCACGAGCUGAUCCCGCUGGCUCAGCUGCCGCACCUGGCGGUGUUGGAACUUAUCGACCGGGAGCCUGGGUGGAGUUGGAUUGAUGAUAGGCUGAUCGGGAAUUGGGAUGCCACGGGUGACAAUGCGUUUGCGAACCUGCGGAUCCUCAAGAUUAUGUCGGCAACACACAUGGUCACGGAGACGGGGUUGGGUCUCGUGAUGGGGUUUCCGCGACUUGAAAUUUUUGAUAUCACCGUUCGCCCGGCGCCGGGAACACUACCAGGUAAGCGACGGGAACUCGAAAAUACGUACGGGUGGCGGAUCACCAAGCCACACGGUUCGCUCUUUGUAUCGUAUGCCAGUGCCUACUUCAGCCGGCAUAUAGGUGUGAACAAGUUGGGAGUUGGGGGGUUGGUCACCACCUUUGAAGACGACCGGCAAGAAGUAACAUGGGGCCGGUGUGACCAUCACGGUGAACCCGAAGAAGUUAUUCGCCUUGAUUGUCGCUGGCGUGCUAUCAUCGGAGGCUACUUCAAAUUCCCCCAAAUAUGGACCGGCGGUAAGGGAGUCUACACCCCCGUUGCAGAGGUUCCUGAGAACGAGUUCUUCUGGUUUCUCGCCUUGUUGGACGGCCAGACCAAGAACCACUACGAUGCUACCGCCACUCCACGAGCCCGAAAACAAGCAGCGGGCGUCGCCCUUCCCGAUGAGAGGUUCGUCCACCUCAAACUCCGGACCGUGCCCCCCGAAAACGGCUGGACGGACGACCGGACGCUCGCACUGCUAGACCGUCUGAUCUUCUCCCGGGGCUGGCGGAAUCCCGUUUCCGAGCCUGCGACGGCGAUGACGACGACGCGCCCGCAGGAAAAUGCCACUCGUCGCCGGCUUGAUCCGUCGUGGACUGCACGGGCCGAGGACAGGAAGGAGCUGGGUCUUCGGCCACGGAAGCAGCAAAAGGUGGGGGAUCUGCUUUCUUCGUUUGGGACGGGGUGA